CCUCGCGAGAGUUCCCGGCGGAAGUGGUGGGGAGUGGCCCGGAAGUGCUGCUGCCUAGGAGACGGGAGCUGGGCCCGCGAGCGCCUGCCGAGCCGCUGCCGCGCCCCGGAGAGCAUGGCCGAGACCGACCCCAAGACGGUUCAGGACCUCACCGCCGUGGUGCAGACAUUGCUUCAGCAAAUGCAGGACAAAUUUCAAACCAUGUCUGACCAAAUCAUUGGAAGAAUUGAUGACAUGAGCUGUCGCAUAGAUGACCUGGAGAAAAACAUAGCAGAUCUCAUGACGCAAGCAGGAGUGGAAGAAUUAGAAGGCGAGAACAAGACCCCUGCUACUAACAAGAGUUAAAGUUGCCAGUAACUUAAGAUGAAUGCUGGAACACCGUGUUUGUGUGUUUUUUUUUUUUUUUUAACAAACAAACAAACAAGCCCUUUGAAUUACAGAACGGCUUUUUGCAACUACGGUGUGUAAAGCAUUUUUAUAUUGUUAUAGAGCUUGCAUUCCUGAUGUAUAGCUAGAGAUAGGUUAGUUUAUAUUUUGACUCAUGUACUGUAAUUUCACUUUUUGAAUUCUUGUUAUGAGGAUCAAUUAGUUGUGUUAUUAAAACAGAUCUUAUGGAUCUCUACUGAGUGAA